UGCCUUACGUGGGUGCGCACUUGAAUUGCGCCGAAGAAGCAAACUUUACACAUCAAGAUGCCCAAUCCAUUGUGGUUUAUUUUCUGGCUGCUGGUCUUCUGGUUCGUCUCCUUCUUCGUGGCCUUCUUCUGUGCCUUCUUCUACAUUUGGGUGUAUGCAUUUGCCUCCUGCAUACCCGCACUGUCGGGCAUAGCGGAUAUGCUGCUCCAGGGCGUGCAGUUUCCGUUUUUCUGCGGCAAGGCCAUGCUGGAGGGAAAGCCCGCCUUCUAGAGACGAUUACUUAUUUAUAAAUAAAUACAUUUUACGACUAAGUGAAUAAUAAUAAUUUAUAACACUUGCUUUGGACAAUAUUUUACGAUUAAAUGUAAUUAAUUACUGUUUAUAAAAA